CACCUGGCUAUACUAAGGGCAUUGUUAUCGGAGGGACUUGGGCCGACUCUUAACCAAUUUUGGGUUUAAAAAAAAAUAAAAAAGGCAAAGGACGAGACGAACGGGCCUUGAUUAAGGGCUUCCCGGUGUCGUCCCUCGUGUGUACGUGGCAGCACCGGAUUGGGAGAUGAUAUCGAAGACGGAUCGCUUUUUUCAUUUUCUCUCUUCGUGUUUCUCUUCUAGUCGACUCCAAAAGGCGACGGCGAAGGUGAUUUAUCACUCCGGUGGCGAAGACUUGUUUCCGAAACCAAAAGCGCGAUCCACAUCCAACGGCGAGAGCGACUCUGAAAUCUCCGAUGACGAAGACCUAAAUCGUCGGUUCGGUUAGUUUCCCAAGCAUCCCCAAUCGUGUGAGAAUCGACCCAACCAUACAAAGGAUAAGAGGAACAUGGGACUUGACUACAGCUAUAGUCAACCUUCGGACUCGGAGGACUUAUUUUGCAACUCUGUGGACAGUGGCUACAACGAGACGGAUGACUUAAUUCGACGUGACCAAGAGGAGAUACGCUUACAAAGAGGUUCACCGGUGCAGUACCCUCCGGAACCCGAGGUAGAGUUCGGCAUCCCGCAGAGAUGCUACUGUGGCGCUCAGCCACUACUUGCAACAUCUUCUCGCGAAAUAGGUAGGCGAUACUACACUUGUCCGAAUGUAGAUGAUGGGGAGUGUCACGUAUGGAAAUGGUGGGAUGAUGCAUUGAUGGAGGAGCUGCGAGACAGAGAUAGACAAGUUCUUCUACUGUCUGAAAAGGUCGACAGUCUUGCCCUUUUGUCUGACAACGAGACUGAGCAGAAGGUAGCCAUUCUAGAGAAGAUGGUUUAUGAUUUAGCUAAGGAAAAAUCUAAGGUUAGCUAUAGGUUUGAGUUCUUUCUCGGGGUAAUGGUUCUUGUGGUAGUUUUAGUUGGAGUGGUGCAAUGGUUCUUGUGGUAGUUUAGAGAUGCUUAUUUGUUUGUAAUUUGUAUUUGCUUGCUGUGGAACAUUAAGUUUUAUUAUAAGUCAUCUCAUGUAACUCAAGUUUUAUUAUAAGGCAUCUCGUGACUUUUCUUACACAAAAGAACUCGUGACAUGAUGAGUUUGUCACUUGUCUGUCUUGAGUCCGUGAGCACACUGAACUGCUCGUGAGCACAUAGUAAUGCUCGUGAUCAAAGUGUCAUGCUUUCAUACCCGACAAUGUAGCAUAUAUAGAUCAUACUUCUCACAUACAAUGCAUUACUUCUCCUCCUCAUAACACAUUCUCUUUUAAUUAUCUUUUAGAAAUUUCAAUCUCUUUUAUAAAUUUUGAAUGGCUUCUUCUUCACAUUAUCAUUAUCACAAAGAUGAUGAUGAUGAAUUUGAUUCUAUGUUUGAAGAUAUAUUUGAAAAUCCUAAUUUCAUUCCCGAACCAAAAAGAGAAAACCACGUAUACAUAUCGAGAGAAACCGGGAAGAAGGCCACACGAAGCUCUGGAACGAUUACUUUUGUGAAACUCCAACAUACCCGCACAACAUAUUCCGAAGACGGUUUCGAAUGAACAAGACUUUGUUCUUGCGUAUUAUGCAUCGUAUGUCUAAUGAAAUAGAAUACUUUUAACCAAGAGAAGAUGCCACCGGACGGGCUAGUCUUUCUCCCCUCCAAAAAUGUACCGCAGCAAUUAGACAAUUGGCGUAUGGUGGUGGGUCUGAUACCGUUGACGAAUAUGUCCGGCUUGGUGAAACAACAGCUCGAAAAUGUUUGCACCAUUUUGCCGCGGGAAUAAUCCAAUUGUUUGGCGAGGAAUAUCUAAGACGUCCCACACCGGAGGAUCUGGAAAGACUAUUAUAUAUUGGAGAACAACGUGGGUUUCCCGGAAUGGUUGGAAGCAUCGACUGUAUGCAUUGGGAGUGGAAGAAUUGUCCAACCGCUUGGAAAGGAAUGUAUUCGCGUGGAACCAAUAAACCAACUAUUGUAUUGGAGGCCGUAGCUUCAUAUGACCUCUGGAUAUGGCACGCGUUUUUUGGAGCUCCAGGUACUAUGAACGACCUUAAUAUUCUUGAUCGAUCACCCGUUUUUGACGACAUUAUUAACGGAAUAGCCCCAGAAGUAAAUUUCAAUGUGAAUGGGAAUCAGUAUCAUUUGGCAUAUUAUCUCACGGACGGUAUUUAUCCGAAAUGGGCGACUUUUAUUCAAUAUAUCCGACUACCACAAGGUCAGAAGAAUUCAUUAUUCGCUCAAACCCAAGAAGCUGUGAGAAAAGAUGUCGAGCGUGCCUUUGGAGUCCUGCAAGCUAGAUUUGCCGUAGUCCGAAACCCAUCUCAGUUAUGGGAUAAAGAGAAGAUUGCAACUAUUAUGAGAGCAUGUAUCAUUCUCCAUAAUAUGAUUGUCGAAGAUGAACGAUCAGCAUCCACUCAGUAUGACCUUGAAGAAUUUCAAGAAAGGGAAGAGGUGGAUACAUUUUCCGUCAAUAUGCCUUCAAAUCUCGGUAAUAUAAUUGAUCGUCGAACGAGCGUUCGGAAUACACAAGCCCAUCACCAAUUAUAAAAUGAUUUGAUCGAUAAUAUAUGGGCUAAAUUUAGACAUCUUCCAAAUAACUUCUGAUUUAUAAGUUUUUAUUACUCGAAUAAAAUGUUUGUUUGCUUUUA